AUGCCGACCGCGACCGCAAAGAUCUCAGACACUGUCGUCGCUAGCGCCGAUCACUAUGAGACAGUCGAAGGCAACAUUUACUUCCCGCCAGAUUCGCUGGACAAAUCACUCCUUUCCUCAUCCAAUACUCACAGCAAUUGUCCAUGGAAAGGACAGGCAAACUACUACAACAUCACCGUUGACGGAAAGACUCUGAAGGACGCCGCUUGGUACUACCCCACGCCGAAGGAAAAGGCGACGAACAUCAAGGACCAUGUCGCAUUCUAUGGUAGCAAAGUCAAUAUCUCGGUUGCAUGA